AUGUCUGGUGUUGAGGCGAAUAUUGAGCCGGAGAUGAUACGAUACAAUGGCUACCCUGUCGAGGUUCACAAUGUGACGACUAAAGACGGAUUCAUCCUCGAGACACAUCGCAUUCCAGGAGGACGAAAAACAAUCAAACCUGUUUCUCUUGCAGUAGCCAAUAGACCAGUCGUUCUGUUUCAACACGGCCUAAACGCCGGGUCCGACUGUUUCAUCGAGAAUGGACCUAAUGCCAGUCUUCCUUUCAUACUGGCUGACCAGGGAAUGGACGUUUGGCUGUCCAACAGUCGUGGGAAUGUAUACGGUUUGAGAAACAUACACUUUGAUUCUUCACAGGACGAGUUCUGGGCCUGGAGCUGGGAUGAAAUGGCGACACGUGACCUGCCCGCUGUGGUUGAUUACAUUCGCGGGGUGACCAAUGUCUCCCGGUUGUAUUAUAUCGGACACUCACAGGGUACCACGACAAUGUUCGCUCAACUCAGUCAGGACCCCGAGUUUGCCAAGAAAAUCAAAUUGUUCGUCGCCCUUGCACCGAUUGGCAAGUUAGGGCACAUCAAAGGAAUGUUGAAGCUGGUCGCUGACCUUACACAGAACAGCGACGAUGUCCACAAGCUGUUCGGCCGGAAAUCUUUCAUGAUGAACUCAUCUAUAUCUACAUUUCUGGCGGCCAAGGUGUGCGAUGAACAGCCAAUCACGUUCGUUUGUUCAGUUGCCACCAGUAUUACAGGGUUUGAUCUUCAGCAGACUAACUGGGAGGUUAAAACAGAUCUUUAUCAGAAAUACGACUAUGGAUCACCGGCGCUGAAUAUGGCGAAAUACAAUCAGACAACACCGCCACGAUAUGCGAUCCAAAACAUUAAGACGCCAGUCGCUUUUUUUAAUGGGAACAAGGAUUGGCUGUCGAAUCCAACUGACGUCACUUUUCUCCUUAGUAACUUGCCAAACAUUGUAAAGAAGAAAACAUUCCCUCACUAUGACCACGUGGAUUUCAUACUGGCUGAGGAUGCGCCGAAAAUAUUAUAUCCUGAAGUACUAGAACUGAUCAAAGAUACUCAUGGAAUGAAAUAA